AUGAUAAAAAUAAACGGAAUAAUUUUGCUUUACUUUUCUGUGCUCAAUUUGGUGUGUUGUCUUAAUAGCAACUUCUGUAAAAGCGCCUACAUCUUGUACUCUCCGCAGUCGACGAAGAGGUACAAGGCCCCCUUCAGAAGAUGGAAUAACCCACAGAACAAUAACAAUUUGACCGAUUUAAGUAAAGACCAAAAAUCCACUGAAGAUUUGUACAACGAAAAUGUAGCAAGGCAAUGCAACCUAAAAAAUUUUGCAAAGGACAUAAAUGGCAACCUCUACAUCGAAACGAAUAGGAGGGAAAGGAGGAUAAAGAGAAAUAAAUACUUGCGCUCCUUAUACAGUAACAAUAGCAUACGGAUGUCUAACUUUAUUUAUCCGAUGUUCAUUCAUGAGGAGGAUACCCCAAAGAAGGAAACCCAGCUGGAUGGAAUUUACACCUACAGCGUAGAGGGAAUUGUGAAAGAGAUCGAAGAAUGCUUACAACUGAAUAUUCACCACUUUAUGUUUUUCCCAGUGGUGAAGGAAGAAAAUAAAACGGCGUACUGCUCCGAAUGCUACAAUGAAAGCAUCUUCUUCUGUAACGCGAUAAACAAAAUAAAACAAAAAUUUAAAAACCAAGUUGUGAUUUACGUGGACGUGGCUCUGGAUCCGUACAACAUAUACGGGCACGAUGGGAUAUAUGACGAACAGGAGGGGGAAAUACUCAACGACGUUACGGUGCACACGCUGGUGAAGCAGUCCCUAUGCCUAGCCAAGUGUGGCGCCGACGUAGUGUGCCCCAGCGAUUCAAUGGAUAACAGAAUUGAACAAAUUAGGAAAAAUCUAGAUUUUCACAACUUCAGAAAUGUCCUCAUAUUGUCCUACACGUGCAAAUAUUCCUCAUGCCUGUAUAAGCCAUUUAGAUCCAUCCUGAAUUCCAACAUUCACAAAAACGUCGUCAAAAAUAAGCAGUCAUAUCAGCACGACUUUAACGCGUACUAUGACCUCAACCAUGUGGAGAAACACAUCAGCGAAGGGGCCGACAUCCUCAUGGUCAAACCGUCGUUAUUUUACCUAGACGUGAUCAGCCGCAUUAGAAGCAGAAUGGCCAAACACGCCACGGUGCCACUGGCUGUUUACAACGUCUCUGGUGAAUACAUGAUGAUCAAAAAUUACGUCAAACAGUUGAAUGCACACAUAAAUUAUGAAAAUGAAAUUUUGACAGAGCUCUUUAAAAGCUAUCUAAGAUCAGGGGCAAAUAUAAUUAUCACCUAUUUUGCUAAGCAGUAUGGUUUGUACCUCAGAAAUCUGUAUGACGGUAAUGUCGACAUAGACGACGAUUUGAACAGCAAUUUUAAUGUUGAAUUGACACUAUAA